CCGCCCGCCCCUGCACCAGCGCGGCGGGCAGCGGCGGAGCGGAGCCCGGCGGAGCGCGCAGCCCGGCCGGGGCUCCGCCGAUUUUUUCACCCCCCUCUCGCCGCGCCCCGCGUCCCCCCGUCCCCUCUCGGGCUCCUCUCGGCAGGAUGGAAGAGAGACCAGUCUGAAAAACUGUUCCAUCGUGGACUUUGCUGUUGCCUGCUAGAAUGUUCCUUAUGAAUGCUCCUCCUUUGGUAGCUCUUCAGACAAAAUGGGAGUCCUUUGGACCAGCGGGGAAUUAUAGAUAUCCCGUUUGCUUCCCUGAAUCUGACGGGGACGUCACGAGAACCUCUGUAAGUGCAAAAGUUCAGAUGAUCAUAAACAACCUGCAGAGUCAAGAGUCUGCCCUGGGUAUGAACAAUGAGUGUGGUUGUAUUAUGCAGAAGAAACAGAAGGGAGAAAAAGGCACCAGUAACAGAGUCACAUCGGGCACCCCCUUGCUGCGGAAGCAGCCUCCGUAUACCAAGUGUGGAUGCCCUGAGGAUUCAGGUGGCACUGAAGUGGAAGAGAAUGUGGAGUUUGGGACCCUCCUGCUCGAUUCUGACAGCGACGACUCUGUGGACCGAGGAAUAGAGGAGGCCAUCCAGGAGUACUUGAAAGCAAAAGGCAAAAGCGACCAGUCCUUGCCAAGGAAUGCCGAGUGUUCCGUGACGACAAGCAGAGACAAGAGGUUUAAGAGAGAAUUCUCGCAGAGCAAAACGGCUGGUGACCUCCUCCCUGUGAAAUUUAAAGCUGAGAUGCUCUCUGAAGAGUACCUGUCUGACCACCUGGGAAUUGGGAAGAGGCUCCAGCCUGCUUCCCCUCAGAGCAUCAGCAGCGACGACUCUUUCGAACAGAGCAUACAGGCUGAAAUAGUGCAGUUCUUGAACGAGAAGAAGCAGCAAGAAAUUAGUAAAUGUGUUAGUGAGGGGGAUAAAAAGGAUUCCCGGGUGAGAUCUGUCCUCAAAUGCAACAAAGACACAACAAACAGGACGAACUGUGGUGGUAUAAAGCGAGGUUGUAAGGCGCUGCUCCUGAGACACCAUCCCAAGCUGCAGAAAUCCGGCACACAGUCCAAGUGUUUGCAGUCAAAAAUCCAAGCAGAGCCCAGUGAGUUCAGCCAGGUGAACCAAGCGUAUCUGGAAAUGGGCACUGCCAGCCAGCCCUGGCUCGUGGAGCAGGAUGAGGGAAGUGGAGCUCAUUACUGGGAGCCAAGGGAAGCACUUAGCAAGGAGAGCAUGCACACAUCUGACUCGAGCAGUGAUGAUGGCAUUGAAGAGGCCAUUCAGCUUUACCAGCUGGAGAAAAUCAGGAAAGAGGCAGGUGAUGCAGCAGACUGUGUCCCUUUGCAGAGGGAACAAUUUGAUCCAAAGGGUAUGGCGGACAUUUCUGCCAGCCUGACAAUUAGCUCCACAAAAAGUGCCUCACCAGAAAUCCGUAAAAGCCCUAUAAGCAACAAGAGAAAAGAAAUUAAUUCCAAGCCAGCGGGAUUAGAAAGCACCAGCAAUGACUUUAACAAGCUGUUUAAACCACUGAAAAAAGCCAGGCAUUUUGCACUUCCAGAAAACAAGAUUGCUGCUUGCGAGCUCACGUUGCAGGCCUCUUGCAGAGCAGACACAUCUGCGGAGCUCAUGUGUGCAGAAGCUAUCCUUGAUAUUUCCAAAACAAUCAUGCCAUCCCAAAUGGGAAGUGACAACAAAUCGCUGGCUGCGGACUCCUUCUUUUCUCCCCAGCUUCUGUCCUCCUCCCGUUGUGAAAGUGACAGCAGCCUUGUGGACAGUGAUGACAGUAUAGAGCAGGAAAUCAGGGCUUUUUUGGCUCUGAAGGCACAGUCGGAAAACCUUGGAGCAAAGCCUCCCAGCCUGUCACGCUCGAUCCAGAUGCCUCUGCCUUCCGAUCAAAACAGCCUCAGCAGUACCCUGGAGCCUCCUCUUCCCAAAACACUGAAGCUGUCCCUGAGUCGGAAAAGGAGACUGAAAAGGGAAGGCAGAGCAGCGAAACAAGGGGCAUCAAAAACACCUGAGCAGCUGCAGGUGGGACUUUUCCAAGCAGGUAACUAUUCAAAAUUUCCCGUGCUCCCAGAGGAGUGUGCCCUGAGCCCUGCAGAACCCUGUGAUGCUCAGAGCCUCAGUAGUAAAGAGACGAGGCAGCAGCAGCUCGUGUCUCCCACAUUGUCUGGCUCUGAUGGCAGAUGUGUGGCCUUGGACUCUGUAAACCCCUUUCUGCAGGUUCAGAGUAGCACAAGAAAACUCAUGAAAAAUACGACCCAAACUCCUGAGAGGGAGGGGUCGGAUGAUGAGAGCAGCUCUCUGGACAGCGACGAGGACCUUGAUAGUGCUAUCAAGGACCUGCUGCGGUCGAAAAGAAAGCUAAAGAAGAAGUCCAAGGACCAAAAAUCCCAGUGCAAGAAGAGAGUCAGAUUCAGCGAGACAGAAGCUCAGCUGCUGGAUGAUUUCAGCAGCCUCCAACAAAACGAGUGGAAAUGUAAAAAUCCUGCGCUGCUGAAAAGCUGCCUCUCGAAACCCAGGAAAGCCGUGAGAGAGAGCACAGUGAGGAGCCCUUCAGACAACAUGAGCAUCAAACUUCCCAAUGAGAAACCAGAAACCGUGAAAAACUUGGAGUUUAACUUACAGCUUAAAAAAGGGAAUAAACCUAAACCAGUUUCGAACCCGCGGGUGGCUAAAAAUAGAAAAUGUUCUUUCCCAGCUGUGUGCGACACCGACGACAGCAGCUCAGUGGACAGCGACGACAGCAUCGAGCAAGAAAUCAGGAAGUUUUUGGCAGAAAAGGCCAAAGACUCUGCAAGCAGUUCAGAGAUACAAAAAGAUGAUUUAGACCUAUUUAGAGUGACCAAACAAACUGGUAGUAGAGGAAAAGCGAAGCAGCAGCCGGUGGAGAACGAGAUCAACCUCGUGCCGGGUCAGAGUAAAAAGACUGAGGUACCUCAGCAAACUGGGGAGUUGAGGAACUCCCAGAGAACAGAAGGGAAAAGUGCAAUGUUACAUGGCAGUGGGAAAUGUGGUUCCUCUGCAGAGAAUGUUCAUGCUACUGGUCAGUCAAAAGCUAAGCAAGGAGCGGGGGGGUUUAAAAGUGGUGCUGCUGAGUUACCUGGGAACGCAACGGGUAAAAAGAAUGUCCGCAAAACAGAGCCCCCUAAACCCAGCAAAAAUGAAGGUUGUAAAGUAGAGAAAGUCAUGAGUGCAAAGCCCAGAUCUAAAAGAAAGAACACCUUUCACCUAAAAAUUUCCAGUAAAUUUAUUGCAGGUCUCAAAUACGCCCGGGACAGGAAGAAAUCGAUGCUUUUGAACAAAAGGCAGAAAGCAGAGAGUUUGCUGGCCCAGAGCAGCACGCCGGGAGUGGAGGCAGCUUCCCAGGAUACACAUGUACUUCACCCCUUGCCAACAGGUGAAUUUAGUGGGGAGAGUACGACAGCAAUAAAAGCAUCCAGUUCUUCUCAGAAGGUCACUGUGGGAGUGUCAAGUCCCCACGCAGCAGAAACCUGUGCAGGAGUUGAGGCUGCUCCUCUGUGUGUCACAGGGGAAGCCGAGGGGUGCAGAAAGGCUGAUGCCUCAGGAGAUCAGUCACAUUCUCACUCGAGCCUCCCCUGUCAGGAACAGAGCGAGGCAGCAGUAAAAGCAGAGCAGGUUUGCAGAGGAACAUCCAAAGCUGAGAACACACUGAUGUGGAUAGGAGAUACCCACACAGGCAGCUGGGCUGAUUCAAAUGUAGAUCCCCCACACCCCGAGUGCAGCGUGGCAGCUGGAAAAGCAGAUAAAAUCAGCAGGGACACAGCUCAGCAGAGUGCACAGGCAUGCAGUAAGGGAGGGAAUAACCACCUGGACAAGAGGCCAGAUCCAAGUUUAGCUUGCCCACAGCAGGAAUUAAAUGUGGCAGCAGCAGCAGUGGAUAGAACUAAUGGAGGAGCAUGUGCAGAUAACAGUGUGCAGAUGUGCAUUAAGGAAGAAAAAGCUGACAGGCAGGAAGAAAUGCAAGUAACCAGCUCCAGUUUGGAAGGAAAAAUACCUGUCCUGCAGAACAGGGAAACUGCUAGUGAAGUGCACCAAGGGCAGGAAGUUUUAGCCAAAACCUGUGCAAAAUUUACUGACCUAUCUGCAGGGGACUGCCCAGAUUCCCUCUUGGAAAAAAAGGUUUCAAAUGUGUAAGUACACUUUUUUUUUUUUACAGUAACAGUCAUUUUAGAAAAUACCUGUCAUGGUAAUUACCUUGAUGAAAGGUGAGACAGUGGGAGAUGCUGUUACCUGUACACCAUACACACACUAAUGUGAAAAUGCUUCUAUUUAACAGGGAUAUCGUGGAUAAACAUACAUAGUUUUUGUAGAAUUUUGUAAAUUAUUUAAAAAGUGCUCUAAGGAAAUAUUUUUUAUAAUGAUUUAUAGGGCUUGCAUUACUACAGGAAGCUGUAGUUGCUGUAGAUAAGAUACUGGCUAAUCACACUUUAAAUUAUGAGGCCUCUGAUCACCUAUCAAAGGGGAACCUGUUUGCACACAGAAUAUAUUUGGCGACCUGUUAAGAGAUCCCAGGGAAACACAGCCUUGGAUAGCAAUGCAGAUUAUCUGACACUGGUCACAUUCCAGCUGCCUUAGAACAAGCCUCUGUCCUGGUUUUCUGCUGGGAUCUCAGUCCUCCCACCCUGAGGACUCUGGGGUUUGUUCCCUGAGCAGAAUUCCGGCACAGCCAGCGCAGAUGGGGGUGUGGAGAUCCAGCCUGGGAGAUACAAAUGCAAAUUCAGGUAAAUAAAGUGGAUCAGUCUGUCUGCACAUCCUGUGUAAAGUGAUCUCAGCAGCUGCUGCAAGUCCUUUUGAAUACCUAAAACCUCCUGCUAGCAGAUGAUUCCAAGCACAAUUGCAAGCUAAGACAAGAGAUGGAGCAUUGUCUGUUCAGACAACAUGAUUUCCCUGGAUUUCUCUGCAUUUAUGUGCUCUUGGGCCUGCAAGGCUGAAACAAUUCCUUGUUAGCCUCAAUUGAUGCCCUGCAGUUACCCAGAGAUGGCUUUUUGGUUUCCUGGAUGAACUUUCUGGAAUUGAGUGCCCUUACUUUCUUUUUUUCAGAAGUGGUUUCUCAGAUGUUACAUUUCUGUGAACUUUUCACUGGCAGUUUUUGUGCAAUAGAGCAAAGCUGGGUUUGCUGUAGGAAGUCCCAACGUAAACGCCACGGAUAUUUUCAGCGCUGUUCUUUCAUACUGGCUCUUUCUCUGCCUCCGUUUCCAGCAGCCAGAAUGAAGCAAUUUUUCACCACUAUCUUUUUAUUUAUACUGACUUUAAACGGGAUUGAAGUAGCACAUUCAUUUCACAAAAAAAAAGGAAAAGUGCCCUCACACUGGUUUCACUGAAAAAUUAAAAAAAAAAAAAAAAAAAAAAAAAAGAAAAAAUUGAACUGGAGCUGUUGGUCGUUCUUUCAUUUGUGUGUAGUGAAGUCCUUCGAGGAGUUUGUUCUUACAUCUUGUCCCUGUGAGUUGAUCCGAUAUUCUCUUUGUCUAGUCUUCUACAGAACUUCUCUCAGCCAAACCACCACUUAGCAUCACUUUGUUUCUCAGUCACUUCAGCCUUCCUCAAGGCUGGCCUUAAAAUUGCAAACUGGAGCAAAAGCAGCCAAGAUGGGAUCUCCAGUGCCGCAUGGGGUCCCUGGUGUGAUGCAGAAUAGUGGCAAAAACGCAGCGUAGUGUAGAGUAGAACGAGUAACUGUGGCAUGUAGAGAAAGAACCCACAUCCUUGGUGUG